AUGCAAUUCAAACCGCUUUCGUUGAUUUUUACUUCAUUGCUAUCCCUUGCAGCAGCAACCACUGAGAUGGAAUACGAAACCACCGUCACCAGUUUGGUUACCCCAGUUGAAACUGCAUUCUCCACUGUAACCGCCGAGGAAUAUAUUUAUGGGGAAGUUUUCGUAUACGUCAAUGAUGAAGGGGUUGAAACUAGCGAAACCUUCUUGAUUGCAACAACAACCAUUAAUCCAAAUGUCGAUUUACCUACACCUGGACCUGAAUCUGCGCCUGAACCUGCAUCUACUGCUGCGGGACAACUAGUCAUUCCUCCAGGUGACUAUAGCACAACUACUGUGCUUACUGAUACAGUUUUGGACGAUGGAAAGACUGUCGCUCUUGAGCUUGUUGUAUACUUCACCGAAGAAUGUUAG